AAAUGUAAAAUUGAGUGUUUGCAGUUAUUAGCUUAUUCGAGAUCAUCUAGAUAAACAAAAAAAAAAGAAACAGCCUUGUUAGGCCCAUUAAAUGAAAAUGAUUUGUUAGGCCCAUUAAAUGAUCCAACUUAGUAGAAAAAGAUAUUGGGCUCAAGCCCAUUAAGCUGAGUCAAAACGUGACUAAUACACUAUCUAAUACGCAUAAUUGCUAAUCUCAGAGAGAGAGAGAGAGAGAGAGAUGUGUACGUUGGAGAAGCGUGGUCAACUCUUCUUGCUGAAACUCACCGGCGACGGCGAACACCGUCUCAACCCCACCUUACUCGACAGCAUCACCUCCGCCAUCACACAGAUCCGUUCCGAUCCCUCCUCCUCCCAAUCGGUCCUCAUCACAACCUCCGACGGCAAAUUCUUCUCCAACGGCUACGAUCUCGCCUUGGCCGACUCCGAUCCUUCUCUCCGCCCUGUCAUGGACUCCAAACUCCGAUCCCUUGUCGCCGACCUCAUCUCCCUCCCUAUGCCGACGAUCGCCGCCGUGACCGGCCACGCCUCCGCCGCGGGGUUCGUUCUCGCGAUGAGCCACGACUAUGUAUUGAUGCGUGGGGAUAGAGGGUUUCUGUAUAUGAGCGAGUUGGACAUCGAGCUUGUAAUUCCUCCGUGGUUUGCGGCGAUGAUACGGAUGAAGAUCGGUUCUCCGGCGGCGAGGAGAGAUGUGAUGCUGAAGGCGGAGAAGGUUACGGCGGAGCGGGGUUUGGAGAUGGGAAUCGUGGAUUCUAGUUAUGGUAGUGCGGCGGAGACGGUUGAAGGCGCCGUUAAGUUGGGGGAGGAGUUAGUUAGACGGGGUGUUGAUGGACACGUGUACGGUGGGAUGAGAGAGGCUCUUUUAAAACAGGUUCUCCACACGAUUGGUUCAAAUGAGAGCGUUUCCAAUAGAAUGCGAAACAGUGGAUCUAAACUAGGAUAAGAUGUCAAUGCUGGAGUGGCUGGCUAACGAGUACAUGCGUUUUGGUUGUGCGUUAGAGUUUGUGACUUCACUAACAAAUCGCUCAGUUUUCCACGGGGGUUUGAAGGAAUAGGAGGGAUACUUUGGUACCAGCUUGAUAUGAAUGCUUUUGAUGAGGAUUUGGAUGUUUAUGAUGAUGAAUCUGAUUAGCAAUCAAUCGAAUUGUCACCAUUGCUGGUUCAGGAAGAUGGUCCACCACGGAGCUUGAACCAGCCUGCGUAGACUAUCGGGACCACGCAGAAGAUAACCGAAAACUAAACAGAAAACAUUUUUUUGCAUCAAAAACUUCAUAUUUUAUUAAACUCAUUCAAAGAGGUUGGUCUCGAGAACCAUCCAGUUUUGAACCAAAGGUUGAACAUGGGAAAAUACACUGCUCAGAGACUUAGUUUCUUUUGCAAGAAGACUGGCUCGGACGUUUUGUAAACGAAGAAUAAAAAUAAUGGAACAAAACAUAAAUCACAUUUUAAGAUGUAAAAAAUCGUUAAACUAAUAGUUAUUCUCCCUUCGAUGUUUUCAAGAACCAAACCACUUCCGAAAAAUGGACUGCCUUUGUGCCGAUAAAAUGCAAAAAAUGAUUUGUAACGGUUGAAUUCAAUGAAAUAAACGGCUGAAUUCAAUAAAAUAAAUAUUAAUAAAUUGAAGUAAAUCAAUAUACUAAGAACUUCCUCGGUUUUAAGAAGAAUGUAGUUUUGGAGUUUUCACAUAGUUUAAGAAUAAAUUACAAUUUCGAAAAUAAUCAUACUUUAAUAAAUAUUUUACAAACAAAAUUUAUCAUAUAUACUAGUUGUUUUAACUAAUAUGGACAAAAUGAAUAAAAAAAUUAUAAAAUUACAUUGAAAGCCUAAAAUUAUAACUUUGUGAAAUAAAUAAAAACCUUAAAACUAUAUUCUCAUUGGAGGGAGUAUAGUUUUGAAUAUGUAAACCAAAGUCAGAUAAUAUUACAAAUGCUUACAUAUGGAAGCAAAAUCUAAAAUGCAUUAAUGAGAUAUGUUACCAAUUUAAAAAAAAAAAAAAAAACUUUAAAA